GAGCACGCGGACGUAGAAGGAAGGCCAACAGGGCACUCCGCCGCGGGGGCGAGCGCGCAGGCGCCUUCCUACCCGCUGCGGCGCGAAUUCCCAGGUUCAGCGCUCUGCAGGGUAAGAGGCUACUUCUUCAUAGACAUAAAAAUCAAUAUUUAGCUGUUUGGAAACGAAGCACCACUUAAAAUCCUCUCAAACUCCUAAUUCCAAAGAACUGGUAACAUUUUUCUGAUCAAGAAAAGAAGUAACUGACUGCAUGUUAAAAGUAUUCCAGCAUUGGUCCUGUUUUUUAUUUUUUUUUCUCUCCUUAAAUUUGAAGAAGAAAUAUGGAGAAAUGGUACUUGAUGACAGUUGUGGUCUUAAUAGGACUAACAGUACGGUGGACAGUUUCUCUUAAUUCUUAUUCAGGUGCUGGAAAGCCCCCUAUGUUUGGUGAUUAUGAAGCUCAGAGACACUGGCAAGAAAUUACUUUCAAUUUACCAAUCAACCAAUGGUAUUUUAACAGCAGUGAUAACAAUUUACAGUAUUGGGGACUGGAUUAUCCACCUCUUACAGCUUAUCAUAGUCUUUUAUGUGCAUAUGUGGCAAAGUUUAUAAAUCCAGACUGGAUUGCUCUCCAUACAUCACGUGGAUACGAGAGUCAGGCACAUAAGCUCUUCAUGCGUGCAACAGUGUUAAUUGCUGAUUUGCUGAUUUACAUACCUGCAGUAGUUUUGUACUGUUGUUGUUUAAAAGAAAUCUCAACUAAGAAAAAGAUUGCUAAUGCAUUAUGCAUAUUGCUGUAUCCAGGCCUUAUUCUUAUUGACUAUGGACAUUUUCAAUAUAAUUCUGUGAGUCUUGGCUUUGCUUUAUGGGGUGUUCUUGGAGUGUCUUAUGACUGGGACCUGCUAGGGUCACUGGCAUUCUGCUUAGCUGUAAAUUAUAAGCAAAUGGAACUUUACCACUCCUUGCCAUUUUUUUGCUUUUUACUUGGCAAGUGUUUCAAAAAAGGCCUCAAAGGAAAGGGGUUUGUAUUGUUAAUUAAGCUGGCUUGUACUGUUGUGGCUUCCUUCAUUCUCUGCUGGCUGCCAUUUUUUACAGAAAGGGAGCAAACCCUGCAAGUUCUAAGAAGACUCUUCCCAGUCGAUCGUGGAUUAUUUGAGGAUAAAGUAGCCAAUGUUUGGUGCAGUUUCAGUGUCUUUCUGAAGAUCAAGGAUAUUUUGCCACAUCACAUCCAGAUAAUGAUCAGCUUCUGUUUUACAUUUUUGAGCCUGCUUCCUGCAUGUAUGAAAUUAACACUUCACCCUUCUCCUAAAGGAUUCAAAUUUACUCUGGUUAGCUGUGCACUAUCAUUCUUUUUAUUUUCUUUCCAAGUACACGAAAAGUCCAUUCUUUUGGUAUCAGUACCAGUCUGCUUAGUUUUAAGUGAAAUUCCUUUUAUGUCUACUUGGUUUUUACUUGUGUCAACAUUUAGUAUGCUACCUCUUCUGCUGAAAGAUGAACUAGUAAUGCCCUCAGUUGUGACAGCGAUGGCAUUUUUUAUAGCUUGCACAACUUCCUUUUCAAUAUUUGAAAAGACUUCUGAAGAAGAACUGCAGUUGAAAUCCUUUUCCAUUUCUGUUAGGAAAUAUUUUCCGUGUUUUACAUUUCUUCCCAGAAUUAUACGGUAUUUGUUUCUUACCUCAGUAAUCACUAUGGUCCUUCUGACACUGAUGACUGUCACACUGGAUCCUCCUCAGAAACUACCGGACUUAUUUUCUGUAUUGGUAUGUUUUGUAUCCUGCUUAAACUUCCUGUUCUUCUUAGUAUACUUUAACAUUAUAAUCAUGUGGGAUUCCAAAAAUGAAAGAAAUCAGAAGAAAAUCAACUAGCCUUAUCCCCAAAGAAAUGUGAGAAUGUUAAUAGUGCUACAAGAUUUUAUGAACUUUUUUGCUAUGAAUAAAUAAAAUUAUUUUGAGAACCAUGGAAUUUUAGGAAAGGAAAUAAUGAAAAGUCAUUGUCUACACAAAAUAAAUGUAUAUGAGGUCCAAAG